AUGGCACCAGGUGCAAUCUUCGAGACGCCAAACGUGGCCGAGGACUUCAACAACCACCGUGAUGGACUUGCCCUCGAGGCCACCUCCGAUGCCAUCGACGACGUCAACGUCCUCAAGGCUGCUCUGAAAGUCAAGAACGGCACAGCUUCACCAGAGGAAAAGGACAUCUACGAGAAAUCAGAAUUCGAUGCCGACAAGGACAAGACACAGUUCCGCCAGUACGAAGAGGCCUGCGACCGAGUCAAGAACUUCUACCGCGAACAGCACGAGAAGCAGACCGUAGCCUACAACCUCAAAGCCCGCAACUCGUUCCACAGCAAGACGCGCGCCGAGAUGACCGUCUGGGAAGCCAUGGAAAAACUCAACACACUCAUCGACGAGUCGGACCCGGACACCUCGCUCUCCCAAAUCGAGCACCUCCUCCAAUCCGCCGAAGCCAUCCGCCGCGACGGCAAGCCCCGCUGGUUCCAACUCGUCGGCCUCAUCCACGACCUAGGCAAGCUGCUCUUCUUCUACGAAGCCCGCGGCCAAUGGGACGUCGUCGGCGACACCUUCCCCGUCGGCUGCGCCUACUCCGACAAGAUCAUCUACCCGGAUACCUUCAAGAACAACCCAGACUACACCGACGACAUCUACAGCACCGAGCACGGCAUCUACACCCCCGGCUGCGGCAUGGAUAACGUCAUGUUGUCCUGGGGCCACGACGAGUACCUCUACCACAUCAUGAAGGAUCAGUCGACCAUCCCCGAUGAGGGACUAGCAAUGAUUAGGUAUCACUCGUUUUACCCGUGGCACUCGCAGGGCGCGUAUAAGUGGAUGAUGAAUGAGAAGGAUGAGCGCAUGCUUGAGGCGGUCAAGGCAUUUAACCCUUAUGAUCUCUACAGCAAGAGUGAUGAGGUACCCAAGGUUGAGGACCUUAAGGAUUACUACAUGGAUAUUAUUGAUGAGUUUAUCGGCAAGGAUAAGAAGCUCAAGUGGUAA